AUGACGAAAACACCCCUCACCGUCGCCCUCCUCUUCUCCCUCCUCAUCUCCGCCGUGAUCCCUCCUUCCACAGCCGAGAUCAAAUCCCUCCUCAUCUCCUCCGACGCUCGCCCCAUGAUCCUCUUCGAGAAAUUCGGAUUCACACACACCGGCCACGUCACGGUCUCCGUCUCCUCCGUCUCCGUCGUCUCCACCUCCCCAGAUCCGAACCCGGAUCCAUCUCGCCUCGGCUUCUUCCUCCUCUCCGAGGAGUCUCUCCUCCAAGUCCUCCUCGAGAUCCAGCAGAACGCUAGAUUCUGCGUUCUGGACUCGCACUACGUCACGCAUCUAUUCACGUUCCGAGAUCUCUCCCCUCCUCCGAACUCGCGGUUCAACCACUCGUACCCCGUAACUGCUCCCAACGAGUACUCUCUCUUCUUCGCUAACUGCCUCCCGGAAACUAAAAUCUCAAUGGCGGUUAGAACUGAAAUGUAUAACAAAGAUCCUAACGGAUCUAAAGAUUAUCUGCCAGCUGGAUCUACUCAGCUCCCCUCUCUUUACUCGUUUUUUUUCCUAUGCUACGUGGCGUUCCUCGGUUACUGGAGCUACACUUGUUAUACUAACAAACGAGUAGUUCAUAGGAUCCAUCUCCUCAUGGCGGGUCUCCUUUUAAUUAAAUCGUUAAACCUAAUCUGCGCAGCGGAGGAUAAACACUACGUGAAGAUCACGGGGACGCCUCACGGAUGGGAUAUACUUUUCUACAUCUUCCAAUUCAUAAGAGUGGUGCUUCUCUUCACAGUGAUCAUCUUGAUCGGAACGGGAUGGUCGUUCUUGAAACCGUUCUUGCAGGAGAAGGAGAAGAACGUGUUGAUGAUUGUGAUCCCUCUUCAGGUAUUAGCCAACAUUGCUUCGAUUGUGAUAGGUGAAACGGGGCCGUUUAUUAAAGACUGGGUCACGUGGAACCAAGUGUUCUUGCUUGUUGAUAUCGUGUGUUGCUGCGCGAUUAUCUUCCCUAUCGUAUGGUCGAUUCGGGCGUUGAGGGAGACGUCGAAGACCGAUGGGAAGGCCGCGAGGAACUUGUCGAAGCUGACGCUGUUUAGGCAGUUUUAUAUUGUUGUGAUUGGGUAUUUGUAUUUCACGAGGAUUGUGGUGUUUGCGUUGAAGACGAUCGCGGCGUAUAAGUAUCAGUGGGUGAGCUUUGCGGCGGAGGAGAUUACCGGUUCGAUCGGGUUUAGUAAUUCGGCGAGGGAUUUUGAUUUUCUUAAGACGGCCGUGAAAGGAACUGUGACGGAGAGGUUUGCAAUGGGAGGAGGAGGCGUGGAGGAGCUGACGGAAGAUGAGAAGAGAGCCUUAAGAGGAAGCAAAUUCGCUCCGCUUACUUCUCUUCCCUCCACUUCUCGCUCUCAGCCGCCCAGAUUGGCUCAUCCAGGUGGACCUUUGAAAACAAACAAGGCAGCGGCUUUAGCCAAGUUUCUAGAAAGGAAGCUGCAAGAUCCUAAUGGGUUGUCUUCCCUUGAUCCUGAUCUUAUCGAAUUAGCCGUCAAAAACGCCCGAGACACCGUUAUUUCGAGUGGGGCUUCGAGUUCAGGAAGAAGAAUCCAACACGUUGCCUCAUUUGAAGACGUCGAGGUAUCUUCUGAUGACGAUAAGAUAGAGAACACUAAGCUUGCCAAAAAGAAAAAGAAGAAAAACGCAAAGAAGAAAAAAGAAGAGAAAAAGAAGCAGAAAAACAAAAAGCAUAAGCAACAGAUCAUAGUGGAUGAAGAUGCGAAGCUGAAGAGACCCAAUAAGAAGUUGAAGCUUUAGUGUCCCUUUUUGCUUAUACAAUACUAUUCACAUGUUUGACAAAGAUGGGUUAACUGGAUCGGUUAGUCUAAUGGUUUUCAUGUAAGACUAGAGUCAUGAUCUUUCUUCUUUUAUCCGUCUUUAUUAAUUUAAAUCUGAGACUGCAGUUGUUUGUGGUUUUUGGAACAAAUAGCUUUGUGAAUCUGAACUUUAUGUUCUUGUUGUUGAAAAAAAUGAUUGUGUUUUAGCCUUUUAAAAUUGUAAGUAUGAG